AUGUCCGUCUCACAGCCUGAUAUAUACACUGGCGUCUGGACGAACUGGUCAAAGGGUAACAAAGUCCUCGGUGCGACCAUCACCCUUUCCUCGACCUAUUCAAUCUUCUUGACGGCCCUUCUCGCUGUCUUCAUUCCCGCUGUUGGGAUCCAGAGCUGGAAGGUCUUCUGCUACUGCGCUCACGAGGUACGAGUGUCAAAAGACUCGCGGGACACACUCCACCACCAACUGCAAGUGGUCUUGCGAAACUCGUCUACGCCCGAUGGAACGGCAUUUACCUUUUUGAAACAAGCUUGGUACUGGGGAAAGCAAUCCACAUCUUCUGCCGUACGCUGUCUGGGUUGGGCCGUACUCGCAAUAGCGUGGUCUCUGGUCUUUGCGGCUCUCGGCAUUGUUCUGCCCAUUGCGGUGGUCAACCUGUCCGAUGACCUGCGUCAAAUCUCCAGCAACACCUGCGGCUACUACAUGCCACCUAACGAUGGCAGCUCCAUCAACGACUACAACGCGAAGACACUCAACGACAGUAUAACUGCCGCUCAGUAUGUGUCAGACUGUUAUGUUGAGAUGCCCGACAGGCAUCUGUGCGAUGGCUUCGCCGUGCCAAAACUGCAUCGCUUUGCUGGAACCGAAACGUCUUGCCCCUUUGCAACUAACGUAUGUCUGCCGGGAGUCCAAGGCUAUCAAAUCGACUCUGGGUACCUUGAUUCCCUGCACGAACUAGGCAUCAACUUCCCACCGAAAGACCGUCUGAAGUACCGUAAGGUGACAACAUGUGCCAUGCUCAACGACGGAGGUUCGUACACUCAGCGCAGCGAUCUGGGGACAGGCUACUUCUAUGGCAUGAUGAGCUCAGGCUCCAAUUGGACGUUCUAUCAAUACGACGCUUUGUCCCGAGUGGAAUCUUUGGGAUGGCGGCUAGACACGUUCGUCAACUCCCGAACGGAAUAUACAUCCUGGAACCCUAUCGACGAGCUGCGGUCUGACAAUGCAGAUUUGAGCAUCUUCUUCCUCGCGCCCCAGGGUAUGACAUUUGUUGACCCGGUCAACGACCCUUGGUUCUCGGCACAUAAAGUCCGGGAAGUACCUGGGUUCGACGACAUCUAUGAAGCCGAUAAUCUGGGAAGAGCCAUGGCGUGUAACGACCAGCACCAGAUCUGCAACCCGCAAACCCGGGCUUGCACCAGCCUCACUCAUUCUCUUGCACUUCGAAUGGAGCGCGAAUCGCCACAUCUGCAGCUCUCAGACGCGCAACGGCUUAUCGCGAGUAGAUUUGUCUACGCCUCCAACACAGGCUGGAUCAGCUACUCCGUGGACGGUCGAGGGUCGUCCGCACUGCAAGCAUCUCGAACCAAUUCGAAUUACCGGCAAGCCGCGCUUCCAGCGAACCAGUGGCAGAGAGAAGUGGACGUCUGGUUUGACGUAUCGCUGGCACGAUUGCAGAAGAAUGUCAGAGACUUCGUCACAGGCCCUGCCAUUGGCGGCCAAACCACCGCUCCCCAGCUGGUCUUGCCGGAGGAGAUGACUGCAAUGUGCGACGCGCAAACAGUCCGCAAUGCCACCGGCACCACAAACUUCAGCGCCUUGGGCGUUCUCCUCAUCUUCUCCAUCGGCGGCGUCAUUGUUGUACUAGGAUACACCCUAGACACCGUCAUCGGCUUCGUCCAGUUCCAUGUCGGCAAGGGACUCCAUCGUCGGAUAGCUUGGACCAUUAAUGACGAAUUGCAUCUCCACCGCUUGGUGCUUCAGAAAGCUGGCGUGUCGGAGUGGCACAACAGAGAUGGUGCGGUGCCCUGGACAGCUGAGGAGAGAACUUUCGUCAUCAAACCCAGCUCGGAUCUGAAGGGCCAGCCGGACGUGGGUAGCUUGGUUAUGACAGACGACUAG